UCAACAGACUUACCUGGACGCUGGGGUGGCCGCAGGGCGGCUGAGGUCCGAGUGGCCUGGUUAACCCCGGGGCUGCGGCCAGCUCUCCUCCCCAAGGCCGAGUUCAUGCUGCAGACGCCCCUCGCUGACCCGGGCCCUCUCUGUGCCAGGCUCUCCAUGACCCCCGAGGAGCACCGGGCGUUCUGGCGAAACGUGCAGUUCACGGUGGACAAGGACGUGGUGCGGACAGAUCGCAGCAGCCAGUUCUUCCGCGGUGAAGGCAAUCCCAACGUGGAGAGCAUGAGGAGGAUCCUGUUGAACUACGCGGUGUACAACCCGGCCAUCGGCUACUCGCAGGGCAUGUCGGACCUGGUGGCGCCCCUCCUGGCUGAGGUCCUGGACGAGUCGGACACCUUCUGGUGCUUCGUGGGCCUCAUGCAGAACACCAUCUUCGUCAGCUCCCCGCGGGACGAGGACAUGGAGAGGCAGCUGCACCUGGCGUCGCUGGGCGAGGACGGGCUGCAGCUGCUCUUCUGCCACCGCUGGCUGCUGCUCUGCUUCAAGCGCGAGUUCCCCGAGGCCGAGGCGCUGCGCAUCUGGGAGGCCUGCUGGGCCCACUACCAGGAGGCCAGGGUGCCACGUAACCAUGCGUCUCCUCUGGGGCCCCUCCUCCGGAGCCCUGGCCGCCCGCUAGCCCAGGUCAGCGCCUCACACUGCCCGCCUCCGUCCCACGUGGCCGGCUCCAGAGCCGCACUUCGCCUCCCAAGGAACUGAAAUCGAUGCAAAUUGCCCGCUGAAGCGCUCACUGCCCCCUUCUGGGGCUGAGCUGCCCCUGUCACAACCCAUCAGCGUGAAGGACAUUUCCAGGGCCAGGCAGGGCCCAGGACACCGUGGACCCACACGAGGGAGCCAGUGCCCGCCCACCCCCUCCCCUCGGGUGGCUCAGUGCACAGGCCGUGACCCCGCCGUCCCCUCCCGAUCACGUCAAUUUCCACCUGCCGUCCACCGUGAUCAGCGUCUCCCGGGUGCCGGCGGGUCACAGGGCUCUAACACCGCGUGCGCGACAGCUGGCGAUGCUGAAGGACAGGCGAGUCUGUGAAUCCACCAGCCUUUAAGAAACCAGGAUGGACCCCUCGGGAGGCCGCCAGGACCCUUAGCAAGACCCUCUCACGGGGCAGCCAAGCAGCCUCAAUUCCACAGACCGUGCAGGUGGACGGAGCACCCACCAACCCCGCGUGAUCGGGGAAAUGCCGCCCGUGGGGACAAGCGCUGGCGUGGACGUCCGAGCUCUGCGGCACGCCCCUGUGACCGAGUCUGCUUUCGAGGCUCACGGCCUCGCUCCAGCAGGCACAUGGCCACCCUCGGUGCAUUGCGUCUGGCACCGCCCGGCGGGGGCGUUUCUCCCGCGACUCCGUUCCUGCCAUCUGGUCAGAAUUCCCGGGGACGCCGUGCGGAUGUCUGUCUGGGCUCCACCUCCACAGAUCCAGCUCCCAGCAUUUUCAAGCUUCCAGCUCAGCCUAGCCCCACUUGGCUCCUCUCCUCGAUCGUUAUGGAGGGGGGGUGAGGACAGUGGGGGUACGCUGACUCAUCAGUAGUGAGCUUGGGGCGGGGUGUCUGUAAUUUUUUAAAAAAUAUGUUUUUAAUGAUUUGAGAGAGAGAGGGAGGGAGAGGGAGUGUUAGAGAGAAACAUCGAUCCGGUGCCUCCUGUGCAUGCCGACUGGGGAUUGGACGAAAAACCCAGGUAUGUGCCCUGACUGGGAAUCGAGCGGGUGACCUUGGAGCCCCCCCAGGGCCCUUUCCCUUUGACGGGCUGGUUCUAGCCACUUGCGACUGGUUCGCCUUCGGGGCUGUGUCCUGGGAACUGGAAUUAGCCCUGUGCUGCCGGCCGCCCCAUUCAGGGCACGUGACACCCUUUCCUCCCCACCGGCCUCCCGGGAGGGGGAAGCCCACCUUCCUGGAACCUUCUGCCGUCUUCCCACCCCGGCCAGAGGUCAGACAGCCGGGCAGGGUCCUCGGCGCCCAAACGAGGCCAUCCGGGCCGUUCUGGGGAGGGGGCGCGUCCUGGCC